UAUCGCAAUGCGGGCCCACAUUAGGCAUGAUACACCUCUAUGUCCUCCUCACGGACACCCCUGAAAGACAAUACAACGCCGCCCUCAAGCUUCCUCGACCCACCUCUAACGCCUCCACCAACGGACGAGAAAACCUUCACUCAGGCUCCCCGAGUCAUCGCGCUGUUCAAGGAUAUUCAAGCCGGGAGGCCCACGAAGCAAAACUCGUGGACUGAAUUUCGACUUGUCCGGGGAGAGUACGACGAGAUUGAGCUUCGACUUAGGCGAGACGAGCCGCUGUUUGGAUACGUCAAAGAUAAGAUACGAUAUGAUUACUACGGAGGGAGCCAUCAGCUUGUCGUUCGGAUGCCGACUGGCGUAUAUGAGCUCUUUAUCGAUGGCGUCGAAGAUGCGAUUCGAAGUCAGCUGAAAACGAUUCGCGGCGGAUCAGACAGGGCAGCCCUCUUUGCGCAAAAAGUGCGGCCAGCCCGAUCUACCGAGAUAUACUUUCCAGUAGAUGGAUCUCCAUCAAGCACGAAGUCAAAACACGAGCCGGACGCCUCUUUCUGGCACGAUAAUGCACAAUACCCUGGCGUCAUAAUAGAAGUGGCGUAUUCGCAGAAAAAGAAGAGGCUGAGCCGGCUAGCCGAAGACUAUCUUCUGGACUCGGAUGCCAGUGUGCAGGUCGUUGUGGGUCUAGAUAUUGAAUACGGCAAGAAAGGUUCGCGCAAGGCGACGUUGUCAGUGUGGCGGACGCAUCUAGCCCAUAUUAGCGAUGGGGACGAGCUAAGAGUAGUUCAGGUAAUCGCUGACGCGGCGUUUCGCGACGAUGAAGGACAGCCUACAAAUCAUGCAGGUUUACAAAUUCAACUGUCCGACUUUGCUUGCGAAGAACUCACACAAGAUGUAAUCGCAGGCGAAAAUCGAGAUAUCAUUGUGUCUACUCAGGAGCUUUGCAAUUGUCUGACUACUGCAGAAGACAAGAUUAAGCAGGAAAAAGCACUUGUCAGGCACUCUAUUCUUCUUGGAGUAAAAAAGCGCAAGAGGUCCGAGACGCCGCCAGAGAGGAUAACGUCCGAUGAUGAAGCGACGUAUGCUGAGCAGGAGGAGAAGACAGCUAAGCGAGUGUCAGCAGAAGAUGCCGAUUAUGAAGAAGCAUAGACUAAAAGCGCGUCAGAGUAGACUACAAGAUUAAUGCUACAUUUGUAGUCGUAUUUGGGACCUUACCGUGGGGAUAAGCAUGUUCAGUCCAUGUUGCCGAAGGACCAGGGUGACUUAGCUCGUUUUACCAAAAGGGUGCCCAUUCGACAAGGGUGCGGCUGAUUGCAUGGCCAAGG